AUGAAUCACGAAAAGGAAAUCGCUAAAAGAUUUAUUCGGAAUGAUGACAACACAAAAUUUAUUUGUUCCAUUUGCCUAAAUGCAAAAUCUAAAUGCAAUGACAAUAAGAAACCAGAAUGCAAUAAGAGAAAGUCAAAGUCUUGCCCAAUUUGUCAGAGAGGGUUAGAAAAUGGCGUGCAAAUAUCUUCGGAAAAUAAAUUAAAACUAAACAAAAGCGAUGUUAAAGAAAAACCUGCAAGAGUAAUGUCAAAUCAUCUCAACUCAAAUACUAAAACUGUACAAACGUCACAAACUGAUGUCUCGCAUGGAUUAAAUUUAUUAAAUGAAGUACUCACAGUGUUCCAGAGCAAAAAGAAAUUGCCAAUAGAAAAAGAAAAUCAUGGUAAGACAGUUAUCGUUAAAGAUGCAAGCGUUGCAACUGAAUAUUUAUUAAGUAAUAAAGAAAUAAAACCAAAGUUAACUGUUAGCAAAAUUUUCCGUUUAUCUAUAGAAGAUAGCAUAGUUAACGGAAACAAUAACUUCACAAUUGUUAAUUACUCACAACCACAAAGAAAUAAGAAUUCGCAAUACUCAAUUGAUCUUUCUAAACAUAAGUCUUCGUCUAUUCCUCAAAUGAAGUUGGAAGAACUUAAAAAUUCGUUAAAAGAAAAGGCAAAAUCGAAAGACGCAAUUGAAGAAGUUAACAGAAUGUUUGCGACGGUUAAAAAGAAUGCUGUGGUGGAAAGUUUAGGCGACACCAAUAGACCGAUGAUAAGGAAUGGUCCUAGAGUACUUCCAGUAGUAAAAACAAAAACAUAUGAAAAUGAGUGUAGUAACAACACUUGUACUAUAGAUGAUAACAAUAGUGGAUUUAGAAAGGCAAAGGAAAUUCAAAAUUGCAAAUUUUGCCAAACAAACAACUAUCUGCUAUCAAGUGGCGACUUUUUAUUAAACCCAGAUAGUUGUCACCAAAUAAUAUCCGAUAAAAUGUGCAGCAAAUGUAUUCACAUGGUAAAAUGUCGUCACCACAAUUAUCGUCAAAUUCACGACGUUUGCCAACAUUGCUGUCAGAGGUGCAUGGAGAAUAGAUGCCAUCAUAAUUAUUGUGAAGAAAAUCACGAUGGUGAUAGUUGUACUAGCUUUUGA